AUGGCGCAUUAUCCUCAAGGACCAGCAUUGACAACUACCGAAGAGAAGCUCCUAUGGGACGCUAGCUUCGUCAGUAGCCUUACAGAAGAUCAGUGGAGAGCCUUUGGGCAAUGGGUUGGGGCUAAUGAUCCGACACCCUUGGAAGCAAAGCAUUGGAUCACUACCGAGAACAACCUUGAUCUCAACAUCUUUUCUCUACAGACUCUAUCUUUGCUUAUCAAGCAAGCCAAAUUUGCACACUGUGGCCAGUCUGCCAAGACCUUACAGCAAUCAUAUACAGUAGUCCGAAAACCAGGGUUUGGUUUGCCUCUCAGACAUAUGCCAGAUGAAGAAGACCGGUUCCCUUUACUAUUUCUCAACGAUGACUUCGGUGACGGUUGGGAAGCCCCUGUCCUCCUCAUUCGCGAAUGCUGCAUGCUCAAGCUCAUGGACGAGUUGACUAAUAAGCCGCGAUGGUGGUUAAAGAUCAACGAUGAACAAAUCAUCGCAAAGUGGAAACAGGAAGCUUUGGAUACAGACUGGGAAUCGUAUCUCAAGUAUGGCGACUUUACACCAGCUAUGGCUGAUGCUUGUAUUAACGAAUUGCAAGUCAAAGCCGAUUUGUAUCAAAUAACAGGCCUUAUCCCUGUGUACGAUUAUUCUGUUGCCGUGCUUAAAUCCGAUACCAUCAUGAACGCUGAACUGGCAAAAUCCCUCCAAGAAGCGGUCAGGGUAUUAGAGGAUGUAGCACCGGACCAAAAGGACUGGCAUCCAAGAAGCCGUGAGCAGGUCCUCGAUCUCGUUCAUCCUUCUCUCUGGCCUUUGGUUUAUGGCCGAUCCAGAAUCCUCCCGGACAGUGUCAUUAAUUUGCACAAUCUAUUUCCAAAGGAUAGAAACCUUUUCACGCUUCGUUCUCCUGCAGAGGAUGAUUGUUACCGUUACAAAAAAGGCGGCUUCUGCGGUCAAGGGUUCCCUGUGUUUUCCAACAGAUUCCAGUGGCUUCCUUGCGAUGUAGCCCUGGAUCCGACGACAGGUGACGUCCAGAUCACUAGUUACAUCAAUAAUCUUCACCCUCAGGAACAUGCGCAAUUUUACCCUAUCAUCGAAAACUUUAUCAAGAAGUCCUUGCCAGCUUGGGAUAUUCUUUAUCGCUGGGAAGAUGACUUUGCAGUUCAGCGACUCCAAACGGAAGAAGCAGUACUUGACUGUCUGGCAGGGGAAGACAUUGAUUGCGGUUGUCGUUGGUCUGAUGAAGAUACCGACGAAGCUUCCCAUACAUCUUAUUCAGAAGAUGAUCGAAGCGAUGCUGGUCGUUCGGAUCAUAGCGACCCUGACCCAGAGAGAACCUAUUUCUUGGGAUCGCGGCGGCGAAAAAUGGAUGAGGCAUGGUUUAAAGCAACACACCGCGUCAACGUUCCUGACGCUGAUUCAGAAGCGUCUGGUCAUGUUAAGAUUACACCCAACGAUGUCCAAAACGCCGGCUUCUUUAAUGGCAGAACACAAAUCCAGGUCAUCGUCAAGCUGUCCAAUAUACACCUAACACAGGAAAACCCUUCUUACAAAGGCGGUUCAUGGCAUACAGAAGGCCAGCUCAACGAGCAUAUUGUCAGUACAGCACUGUACUACUACGAUAGCGACAACAUCACGGACUGUUCGCUUAGCUUUCGGACUACAACUCAAGAUCUGUCAGAAGAAGUGAGCUAUGAGCAAUAUAAGUAUGGCCCAAUUUAUCGAACUUUUGCGAUUGAAAAAGAUGGAGAUCGUCAACAGGACAUUGGUUCUGUGCACACCAAAAGCGGAAGAGCCAUUUUCUUUCCCAAUCUCAUGCAGCAUUGUGUCUCACCUUUCGAAUUGGUCGACAAAACAAAGCCUGGUUAUAGGAAAAUUCUUGCUCUGUUCUUGGUUGACCCGGCUAUAUCAAUCAUAAGUACUUCGAAUGUUCCACCACAGCAGAAGCAUUGGUGGGAUAAUCAUUGUCUACAGACUGGAGAGGCUUUACCUGAUGAUUUAGACGAGAAGAAGAAUUUCGAAAUUGUGGAUUGGCCCAUGGGGUUAGAAGAAGCCAAGGAGCUACGACUACAACUAAUGGAUGAAAGGACAUGGAUGCAGGAACAGGAGCAAUCUGGUGUAAGACAAGAAUGGAAUUUUUGUGAGCACUAA